AUGGCUUACAGGGCCGACGCCGCCGUGCGCGACACGUACCGCGUGCUGCGUGAGCUGGCUGACAGCCGGGAGCUGCUGGAGGAGCUGAGGGGGGCUGAAGCUGCGUUCAACAGGUUUGCGUCCUCCUCCCCGCGCCGCCCUGAGGGAGAAUACGAAGAGCUGCUCCCCUGGCUCCUGGACCAAGCCGCGGACUUCGAGGCCGCCGCCGCCGCCGGCGCCCCCGCCGCGCCGCCGCUGCUGCUCGAGUCGCCCCCGCGCUACCGGCUGUUCGACGCGUCGCGCGGCGGGUGCGCGGGGUGCGCGCGCGCGCUGCUGCGGGCGGCCAAGACGCAAAGCGUGAACCGGGACCUGCAGGCGGCGGCCAGCGAGUGCAUCCACGCGGUGCUGCCAGUGGCGUCCCUGCCGGAGGAGGAGGCGGGCGCGGCCGGGCCGGCGGCGGACGUGGGGGACCUCCCGCGCGCGGGCCACUGGCAGGACCUGCGCUACAGGGGGGACUGGAUGCUGCGGCCAAUUGCCUCCAACGAGGUCGGCUGGCUGGCGCGGCUGCUGGUGUCCAUCUCCCGCUCCAUCAACAGCGCCUGCGCCCUCGACGGCGUACCGCUGCGCGCCCCCGCACCCGCACCCGCACCCGCACCCGGCGCGGCGCCUGCCGGCGGCGCGCGGCGGGCGGGGGCGGCGCCGGGGGGGCAGGAGCAGCCGGAGACGCUGCUGCAGGAGUGGCUGCUUGUCGCGCGGCGCCGCGGGUGGCGCGUCAACCUGCGGCCGCUGGCCGAAAAGCAGACGCUCGCGUGGCUGCUGGCGGCGGCGCUGCUGCUUUACUGGACUGUUCUGUGGCUGGCCUCGCCCCCCCGGGAAGGCGGCGGCUGGGGGGACGCGGCGGCGGAGGCCCCGGCGGGUGGGCAGCAGCAGCAGCAGCAGUGGCAGCGGCAGUGGGAGCAGCACCAGCAGGAGCGGCAGCAGUGGCAGCAGCAGUACGAGCAGCAGCAGCAGCAGCAGUAUCAGCAGCAACGGCAGCAGCCCCCCCAGCCGCGCGUCCAACAGUGGCAGGACGUGCCAGGCGGCGGCCCGGCCGACCUGGGGGCCUGGUGA